UGGGACGACAUCUUACAAAGUAUGUAAAAUAAAAUGCUUAUAGGCAACAUGAAGGCGUGGCCAUGUUGUCAUACGCCACUGCAGCAGCAACAACAACAACAAAAUUUAACAGCUAUUAAGAAGAACAUGCAUGCAACAUGUACCGUUUGAAUGCCUCACAAGAGCAGCACCAACAAAAACAACAACAACUGCAGCCGCAACAACAACAACCAAACAAACAAAAACAGUCAACAAUACCCAGUCACAUACUAUUGCAGCAACAAUUAGUCGCAGCUGCAGCGUCCGCCGCCGCCGCCGCAGGCGCUGGCAUCAGCAAUAACAAUGCUGCCUUGACUUUUCAAGUGGCCAACGUAAAUGGCGGUGCAGCUACGACAACGACAACAACAGCAACGGCUGCAACUGCAACCAGUGUUGAGGAUAAAUUAAAGCUAUUGACAACUGCCACGGCAGCGCCAGCGUUGAUGACAACGCCUGCGCUGACGCCUACGCUGAUGCUAACGCCGACGCCGAUGCCGACGCUGACGCCAGCACCCUCUACAGCUAUUAAAACCGAGCCCAUGCCUGACGUCAUCGCCUUGACCACCACCAAUAGCAAUAACAACAGCAAUAGUAGCACCGCAGCUAAUGCCAGCAGCGGCAUUGCGUCUACUUCGGCCGCCGCGGCAGCUGCGGCAGCUGCUUCCUCCAACGGACAUUUAGUAUUUGUGCCCAACAAACGUGCGCGUCUCGAUGCGCCCGAGGAUUGGAUGUCGACACCAAGUCCAGGCAGCGUGCCAAGCUCAGCUCCGCCGCUGUCGCCGUCGCCCGGUUCACAGAAUCAUAGCUACAACAUGUCCAAUGGUUAUGCAUCGCCCAUGUCAGCAGGCAGCUACGAUCCAUACAGUCCCAAUGGCAAAACAGGUAAUGUCAUACAGCCAUACAACAUUUUCGCAGCCACAGGUCGCGAUGAUCUCUCGCCCUCGAGCAGCCUCAACGGCUACUCGGCCAACGAGAGCUGCGAUGCGAAGAAGAGCAAGAAGGGCCCGGCGCCCCGGCUGCAGGAGGAGCUGUGCCUGGUCUGCGGCGAUCGAGCGUCCGGCUAUCAUUACAACGCGCUCACCUGCGAGGGCUGCAAGGGCUUCUUCCGGCGCAGCGUGACGAAGAAUGCGCACUACUGCUGCAAGUUUGGACGGGCCUGCGAGAUGGACAUGUACAUGCGGCGCAAGUGCCAGGAGUGCCGGCUGAAGAAGUGCCUGGCCGUGGGCAUGCGACCGGAGUGCGUGGUGCCGGAGAACCAGUGCGCGAUGAAGCGGCGCGAGAAGAAGGCCCAGAAGGAGAAGGACAAGGUCUCCAGCUCCCCCAGCUCACAGCACAGCGCCGGCGGCCCCGCUGGAGCUCUCCACGGCACCCACGACUAUGUCAAGAAGGAAAUUCUCGACCUCAUGACGUGCGAGCCCCCCCAGCAUGCCACAAUUCCGCUACUACCUGAUGAUAUUUUGGCCGAGUGUCAAGCGCGCAAUAUACCUCCAUUAACGUUCAAUCAAUUGGCCGUUAUAUAUAAAUUAAUUUGGUAUCAGGAUGGCUAUGAGCAGCCAUCCGAAGAGGAUCUCAAGCGUAUUAUGAGUCAACCCGAUGAGAAUGAGAGUCAGACGGAUGUCAGCUUUCGGCACAUCACCGAGAUAACCAUACUCACAGUGCAGUUGAUCGUGGAAUUUGCGAAAGGAUUACCAGCGUUUACAAAGAUACCGCAAGAGGAUCAGAUCACGUUACUCAAGGCCUGCUCGUCUGAGGUGAUGAUGCUGCGAAUGGCUCGACGCUAUGAUCACAGUUCGGACUCGAUAUUCUUCGCGAACAAUCGAUCGUAUACGCGCGACUCGUACAAGAUGGCCGGAAUGGCGGACAACAUUGAGGAUCUGCUGCACUUCUGCAGGCAGAUGUUCUCGAUGAAGGUGGACAACGUGGAGUACGCGCUACUCACUGCCAUUGUGAUCUUCUCGGACCGGCCGGGCCUGGAGAAGGCCCAGCUGGUGGAAGCGAUACAGAGCUACUACAUCGACACGCUACGCAUUUAUAUACUCAAUCGCCACUGCGGCGACUCCAGGAGUCUCGUCUUCUACGCCAAACUACUCUCCAUACUCACCGAGCUGCGCACGCUGGGCAACCAGAACGCGGAGAUGUGUUUCUCGCUCAAGCUCAAGAAUCGCAAGCUGCCCAAGUUCCUGGAGGAGAUCUGGGACGUGCACGCCAUACCGCCCUCAGUUCAAUCCCAUCUCCAGGCCCAGCAGGAGGAGCAGGAGCGACGCGCCGAGCGGAUGCGUGGCGCUGUCGGCGGCGCCAUAACCGCCGGUCUGGACGCCGACUCCGCCUCUACAUCCUCCCAGGCGGCGCUCGCUGCCGCCGCCCAACAACAGCCACUGCAUCAACAGCAACAGCACCAGCAGCUCCACACGCUGCCCGUGCACACGCUGCCGCUACCCGUGCCCGGUGGCUCCGUCUCGGCUGUCAGCACCACCAGCGACUAUAUAGGUGGCGGCGGUGCUAUGGGACCCACCACAGCGGCCGCUAGCUCCAGCACCAGCAUCACAGCCGCUGUGCCCGCGAGCUCAACGACUGCGCCGGUGGCCAACGGGGGAGGGGCGAACGUCAGCAUGUAUGCCAAUACGCAGGCGGCGAUGGCUCUGAUGGGCGUGCCCCUCAAAUCGGAGCACUCGACAACCACUGCAUAGCCCCUGCUUGAGGGCAUAAGCAUGGACACAGACGUGGGCGUGCCGGUGGGUGGUCUACUGUUGGGCAGCAUUAUUGAGUGAGCUGGGGCUUGGCAGCUGUGAGCAUACACCUUUACGCCCACACUCACACUCCCACUCACACAUCCACAUAGACCGAGCUGUACUGUUAGGCACUUUGAUAAUAGAUUCACCCGAUUUGUAUAUAGCCGGAGAAACUGUCAAAUUUUACAUAUUCAAAAUAGUUUUUUUGAGCUGAGCUGAACAGAGCG